AGCUUGAAAGAGCAGCGCUGAGCCGGAAACGCUUGAGUGGAGCUGCAGAUUUUAAAACAUUCAUAUCGUUGCUAGGUUUCACAGGAGUGUGACGCCGAUAUUUUUGUGCAGUUAUACGUUUACGUACGAUGCCAUCCAUGGGGGAAUGAAAAAUAAUUUCGAAAAACAGGAAGAAAUCUUGUUCCAUUAGCUGGCCAAGUGCUUUAGCUAGCGUUAGCUAGGCAGGUCGCUUGCUAGUUAGCUGGUUAGCUGGUGAGAAGGGGGUGUUCAGGGGAACACUUGGAAUUGCCUGGUAUGCAACGUUAGCAAGAGAGUGAAUUGGCUAACUAGCUAUUUGUGGGGUUGCAGAAAUAAUUUUAUUUUGUUUUAAUGCUUAUUUAUUGGCUUGUUGUCGACGAUAAAUGCCGUGUCUCUAGAGAGCUGGCUGGCUAGCUAGCUAGCUAGCUGCCGUGGUAGCCGCAUCUGGGGUUCGAGGCUCAGGAAGGAAGGAAGGGGUGAUUGAUGUUUGGGGGAAGUGCUGCUCGUAUAGCUAGCUAGCUAGCUAACUUGCAAGCUCACUAUUAGCUUACCAUCGCCAUCAGGAGAUACGGAGCUUGGGUUAACGUUACAUUUAAAAAAAGACACAGCCAGCUAGCACACGUUACUGUAUGACACGUUAUCCACAGUCCGUGGAGAGGAAAGCUGGGAAGACAACUUACGCUCCAAAAAUUUUAUGCGUUUUAGGUUUUGAAAGGCGCGCAGCUAUUCGUAACAACGCAAUCCGUCAGUUUCCGAGCAAAUUGAUUUAUAUUAAACAUGGCUACGGCUAGCAGCAUCGCCGCGUCUAUUGCGAGUAAAACGAAGACGAAAAAGAAACACUUCGUGGCUCAGAAAGUGAAGCUGUUCCGUGCCAGCGACCCUCUGCUCAGCGUUCUGAUGUGGGGAGUCAACCACUCGAUCAAUGAGCUCAGCCAUGUUCAGAUCCCAAUCAUGCUAAUGCCGGACGACUUUAAGGCCUACUCCAAGAUCAAGGUCGACAACCACCUCUUCAACAAGGAAAACAUGCCAAGCCAUUUUAAGUUCAAAGAAUAUUGCCCGCUUGUCUUCCGUAAUUUAAGAGAGAGGUUCUCCAUUGAUGAUCAAGACUUUCAGAACUCCCUGACUCGGAGCGCACCCAUCACCAGUGAUGCCCAGGGCCGCAGUGGUGCGCGCUUCCACACCUCCUACGACAAGAGGUACGUCAUCAAGACCAUCACCAGCGAGGACGUGGCUGAGAUGCACAACAUCCUCAAGAAAUAUCACCAGUUCAUCGUGGAGUGUCACGGCAACACACUGCUCCCGCAGUUCCUCGGCAUGUAUCGCCUCACGGUGGAUGGAGACGAGACUUACAUGAUCGUCACGCGCAACGUCUUCAGCCACCGACUGUCCGUCUACAAGAAGUACGACCUGAAGGGCUCCACAGUAGCCAGAGAGGCAAGUGACAAGGAAAAGCAGCCCCGUCCGCCCGAGGAGGCCGCGCCCCCCAAAUCGCGCAUGCACCAAAAGCUGCAAACGAUCAGGAUCGCCACGCGUUUUUACUGCGCCAUCAAAAACGCCAAGGAACUCCCCACGUUUAAGGAUAAUGACUUCAUCAACGACGGGCAGAAGAUCUACGUGGACGAGAACAACAAGAAGAUGUUCCUGGAGAAGCUGAGGAAAGAUGUGGAGUUCCUGGCCCAGCUGAAGCUGAUGGACUACAGCCUGCUGGUGGGCAUCCACGAUGUGGAGCGGGCCGAGCAGGAGGAGGUGGAGAGCGAAGACAACGAGGGCGACGAGGAGGGCGAGAGUGACGGAGGCGCCGUGGGCACCCCGCCGGACAGUCCCAGCAACACACUGGACAGCACCAAGCCUUUCGGCCCGGGAGAGUUCGACCCCACCAUCGAUGUCUACGCCAUCAAGAGCCACGACAAUGCACCAAGGAAGGAGGUCUACUUCAUGGCAAUCAUUGACAUCCUGACACAUUACGAUGCAAAGAAGAAGGCAGCCCACGCAGCCAAGACAGUGAAGCAUGGGGCCGGGGCGGAGAUCUCCACGGUGAACCCGGAGCAGUACUCCAAGAGAUUCUACGACUUCAUCACCACCAUUCUGUCGUAGCUUGGGCCGGGGGCCAGAAGGAGAAAGAUGAGGAAGGAGUGGAG